GUUUUCUUAUUUAAUGAGUAGUGCAAUUGAUUUAUAGAUCUAUAAAAAUUAGGAAGGGCAGCAAAAACCCGCUGUUUGGACAGCUGAGCGUGCACUGCCAGCCUACUCCGGUUGUGGCUACGUGUAAUUUUAGGGGAAAAUGGCAGAUAGAAAAAAUAACAAUGUUCCCAACACCAGUGCAAAUUUAUUGUUCAGUGCCGCUCCGGAGUUUAAUUUCAAUUUGCCUUUCAUGCCAGUGAGCCAGGCCACUGGUCCGGCGGUGUUGUCAGGAGAUGAUUCCACUGAUGUUGGAGAGGAAGACAGUUUUCUUGGUCAAACCUCUGGGAAUGGACCUACAGCCUCUUCCACAUUUAGCUACUUCUCCAGCCCUGUAACCACUUCUGACCCAUUUGCAUCCAUAGGCCAGUCGCCAUGCCCACCACCAGCACUGUCUGCUGCCCCCUCAAUAACAGGACCUGCUUCUGUUCCCAGCAGCAUCAACAUGACUGCACCACCACAAUCUGCAGGCUCACAAAUAAACCCAGUUGCUUCAGUGUAUGGCAAUACAGUUUACCAGAGCCCUACUGGACAUCACACUCCUCCCCGAACCACUAUGACACCACCACCUCCGCAAAUGCAGCUGCAGAGUCAUAAUCCGUACAGACACACCCCAACCAGCAGCAGAGCCAGUCCUUACAUUCCAGCCCCAGAGGUCCUGCCACCAACACACACACCUCAGCAGAACCCUUACUCUCUCAGCUCUGCUCCACAGAUGUUCCCUCCAUCAGGACCUACGUUUACAAAGCCUCCUCCCACGCAUAUCCAAGGGCCUCUUCCUCCACCCCCCACUGCUGGAGCAAUAGUUCCUGCAGGUCCCAUGAUGCCGCUCAACUAUAAUGUGUAUGAACCAGUUCAGCCUCACUGGUUUUACUGCAAGCAAGUGGAGUCAAAGAGCGUCUGGCUUCCUUUCAGUAUCAUUGACUCCCUUCAGCUUGAGGAGACGUACAAUUCAGUUCAGCCAGACCCGGAGAAUGUGAUUGUACGCACAGAUGGAGGGCGUUUCGAUGUGCAGCUCUAUGACCGUGUGCGUACUGCGGUGUACUGGGAGGAGGAGCCUACAGAAGUCCGCCGUUGCUCCUGGUUCUACAAAGGGGACACGGAUAGUCGCUUUGUUCCGUACUCUGAGGAGUUUAGCGACAAGCUGGAGGCAGAGUAUAAGAAAGCUGUCUCUACCAACCAGUGGCAUCGCAGACUUGAGUUCCCAUCAGGAGAAACUAUUGUCAUGCACAAUCCAAAAGUCAUAGUGCAGUUUCAGCCCUCCUCAAUGCCAGACGAGUGGGGCACAACUCAGGAUGGGCAGACCAGGCCCAGAGUGGUGAAGAGAGGGAUUGAUGAUGACCUGGAUGAAGUGCCAGAUGGUGAGCUCACCACGGUGGAUCAUCUUGUGUUUAUGGUUCAUGGGAUCGGCCCCGUGUGUGACCUGAGGUUUAGAAGCAUGAUCGAGUGUGUGGAUGACUUCCGCACCGUGUCUCUGAAGCUGCUGCACAGUCACUUUAAGAAAUCGCUGGAUGAGCACGCUGUUAGUCGAGUGGAGUUCUUACCUGUCCAGUGGCACACAGCUUUACACGGAGAUGCCACAGGGGUGGACAGGAGGAUAAAGAAGAUCACCUUACCCAGCACUGGACGUUUACGUCACUUUACAAAUGAGACCUUGUUAGAUGUGCUUUUCUAUAACAGUCCAACUUACUGCCAGACCAUCAUGGACACGGUUGCUUUAGAGAUGAACAGACUUUAUGCUUUGUUUAUGAAAAGGAACCCAGACUACAGAGGAGGAGUGUCAGUAGCUGGACACAGCUUGGGCUCCUUGAUUCUCUUCGAUCUGCUUUCCAAUCAGAAGACUGUCUCUGCUGCACUGGUCAUGCCACCCAUCCUCACUGCUAAUGGAGAGGCCAAACAGGCAUCCACCCCUGUUGCACAGGGGAACAACGCAGUUACUCCUCCAGCUGUGGAGGAGCAGCCCAAAGAAGAAGAGGAGUUUGAGGAUCUCGCUGCUGUGCUGCAUCAUUUGGGCCUCUCUGAGUACAAGAACACAUUUGAUGAAGAGAAAAUUGACAUUGAAUCUUUUCUCAUGUGCACCAUUGAGGACCUGAAAGAGAUGGGAAUCCCACUGGGUCCCAGGAAAAAGAUUGCCAAGUUUGUUAAAGAGCGAGUGAACGUACAGGCUGCACGUCAGGCAGCUCAGGGAAAGAAAGCAGAAGUCAGAGAGGAGAGUCCGGUUGUGGCACCACCUGUAGCUGAAGUUGUUGCUGUUGCCGCCACGAAGAAUCUUCCAGUGGGAAACGCAGUCUCCUCUGUGCAUGUCGACUACAAUUACUUUGAAGUCGGAACUGGACAGGUAUCGGUGGUUUACCGCUCACUGGAUUUUGAACCGGUGAAUUUCUUUGCCCUGGGUUCUCCGAUCGGCAUGUUUCUGACGGUCCGAGGACUUGAGAAGAUUGAAGAAACGUAUCAGCUGCCCACAUGCAAAGGAUUCUUUAAUAUCUAUCACCCGUUGGACCCAGUGGCGUACAGGAUUGAGCCCAUGAUAUUACCAGACUUGGACCUGAAGCCAGUUUUGAUCCCACAUUACAAAGGAAGGAAAAGGCUUCAUCUCGAGCUCAAAGAGAGUCUUUCCAGGAUGGGCUCUGACCUGAAGCAGGGUUUCAUCAGCUCCCUGAAGACUGCUUGGCAGACGCUCAAUGAGUUUGCUCGGGCUCACACCUCAUCUGCUCUGCAGGCCGAGUUGGCCAUUGUAGCCAAUCAGAUAGAAGAGGAGGAGAAGCAUGCGCAGGAGGAGCAUAAAAUCCCCGAUAGCCCUGAGCCACAGAGAGAAGAAGAUCCUCAAGUGAAGAUCGGGAUGUUGAACGGAGGGAAUCGGAUCGACUACGUCCUGCAGGAGAAGCCCAUCGAGAGUUUUAAUGAAUAUCUCUUUGCCCUCCAGAGUCAUCUCUGCUACUGGCAGUCUGAAGACACGACUCUGCUUAUUCUCAAAGAGAUCUACAAGACCUUGGGAAUCCACCCUGAACACAUGGCUCAUUAAUACACUGAAAACAAGCCCGUCUGAAUCUUUCCCAUUUGAUUUACUUCACGUCAGUUCACUUCAGUUUCUGAUUAUAAUUUUUCUAUUUUAUUUUUAUUGAUGUAGUUUAUUGUAUACAGAUGAAUAAUACAUUUGUAUUAUGCCAUUUGUCUUAAAUUAAGAAACAUGAAUGAGUUAGCAGAUUAAAGACCUGACAAGUUUGUGAUGAUUUUAUAUCAUAAAUUAUAGAAACUGUUUAGUUUACUAUAACAUGUAUGACCUCAUUAAAUGGCUGAAAUAACAUGGGGAACAGUAAA